AAAUUCAAAUAGUCAUUUAAGUUUUGCCUCCUCUCUCUCUCUCUCUCUCUCUCUCUCUCUCUCUCAAAUUGAGAUAAUCAAAAUGUGCAGCACACCAUGGACAAUGACAAGGCUAGUGAGAUGGCGCGUGAAGGGCUGGGCUUCAUGUUUCUUGGCUUGCAGGUUUCCUUUGGAUGAUGAACCAGCCGGGAGAUUUUGCCCUGCAAUGCCGCAAUUGCCAAUACGAAACAUGGCUCUCGAUACGCAGGGCGAAAGCAGAAGCAAUGAGAUGGGGAAAAAGAUGUCGCGGCACAAAAAAUGUGACAGAGAGCGACGAUUAAAACAUGGUCCUAAACAAGUUAAAGACAGCAGUUCCCCGGUCGAAAAUACGAGUUCUAAUGACUCAAGCUGCAGGCCACAUUUUUCAGAUGAGGAGGAGUAUAUAGUGUUCUGCUUUAAAGAAGAUGGAGCAUUUGAAGUUGUGAAAAACGGCAAAGUGGAAGCGUCGAACGUGAGAGAUUGCGCGUCAAGAAACUCGCCGAGGCAUGUCAAUCGGAAGCUUAGUUAUGGGGAGGAUACAAAGGCAGUUGAAAGGCGUAGCAAUGAGGAGAGGUUGACUGGAAAAGCUUAUGAUAUUUACCCCACAAAUGAUGGAAAAUCUAUCAUCUUUGACCAAAAGGACGAGGAAGACGAGGAAACCUACUCCGGUCAAGAACCGCCUCCGAGUAGCAAUGUCGAGAAUCGUCCGACCGUGUCAGUUGAAUCAAGCGAUUCAAAUCAAUCGGACGGCAGCACAGGCUCCUUCGCGUUUCCGGUGUUGGGAUGGGAAUGGACUGGCAGUCCUGUGCAAAUGCCGAAAUCGGAAGCCAUGGACUUGAGAAAGCACAAGGCUCGCUGCAUCGGCUUCCAGUUUCAAUGCUGUAGAUUCUGAAAUUUGCAAUGUGUUUCUCUCAAAUUUUUACCCCUUGAGAUUAGAUUAAGCAUAAGCAAAUUUUUGUGUCUAGUAGAAGUAAUAAAACGAUCGCGAUUUACGGUUCAUACGUUUGUGCUUGUAUCUUUGGACAGUAUUUAGCGUCCGAUCGACUGGCAUGACCUCCAAACUGCUGAAUUCGAACAGACGAAGUACCAAUUCAUUGUGUUUUCAGAAAAGCAAUUUAAUCUUCGUGUUCAUUUAGCGAAAACAGAAGAUAAUAAUAAAACGUUUGAUCGAGGGAGAAAUCACGUACGAUUAUCAACAAAAAUCACGUAUAUCAUCCCGAAAACUAGAUAAACAAGAAAAGAAAGACUCACAUUUCACAUAACCCAGCAAAAGGGAAGAAAUAAAACAAAAAUAUACAACA